AUGUGUGUUCUUUCUGAAAAGUAUGCCAGCAUUGCUGGGCCUUGGGUGAUACGGGGCCAAUCGGAACUGUACGAUGUCACAGCCGGCAGAGAUCACGUGAUCGCCAUUCGUACAUUUUGUUGGAUCCAUCAGGGCUGUUUUCCUUCGACAAUGCGAUACAAAACGACGGUGCCACCCGUUGGUUGUGGACGGCUCGCCGAAUCGACCCGCCUGUAUUGCCAAGCCCUAGGCAGCCGCAUGGGGAGGGUAGUCGAGACGACUGGACUAGGGUCACAAGUGGCCUGGUCGGCCAGCUCGGCCUUGGGCAAAUUGAGGGGGAGGAUGGGAGAAAAUUUUUUACGAUUGUUGUUGCCUCGAUCUCAUAAAAGGGGGCAUCACGACGGCUCACAAUUCGUCUGGCCAGCUCCCAAAGUGGACGCGACCGGACUACUCACUCGCGACUACCCACACGACGCGACCUCACGCUGUUCAUAUCUCCUACACUUCAUCGGCUGGUUGGGUGAAGAAGUGAUGAUUGUUCGAAUUUUGCGUCAUUUCAACCCUCGGUUGGUCGGUUUACCCAGUCUACCGGUUUUAGCGAUCUACCGCUCCCUACUUGGCCGACCUUCGGAUCCCUUCUCUCUCUCUCUCUCUCUCUCUCUCAGUUCCCCUCAUUGUCAAUCUAUCCAAGUGGAUUGUUCUUUAGACUCUCACCGACAUUUUCCCACCUUGUCGACCCUUGGCGAGGUAGCCGGUUUCAAGGCCUGGAGGCCGGUUCGCGCGAGGGGCCUAAUUCACACGUGCUCUUGGGAUUUCGCUUACCGGGUCACCUCUGACGUCCAUGUCUGUCGGCUUUUUCAUCGGUCAUAG